CCGCUGCCGUGGAGCCUCUCUCCACCGUCUUUGGCUCUGAGCUAUAUAAGCGUCACCACCGGCCCCGUCCCGCCCAGCUCCUCCUCCUCUCUACCACCACCACCUCCCCCGUCCACAUAAACCACACACACGACAGAGACAUGGCAAACCUCCUCCCCCGCGCCGACUCCUUCAACGCCCGCACACGAGGCAGCAGCCACAUCGACUUCAAAACAGCCACUACCGGCGUCGCCGCCAAGGCCAUGCGCAAUGAGCUUUCCCGCCUCGUCGGCACCGUGCAGGAUUCCAAGCAGAAGAAGGCCUUCGACACGGAAAUGCAGUCCUUUUUCUACCUCUUCACCCGCUACCUUACGGAGCGCGCACAGAACCAGGAUCUCGACUGGGACCGGAUCCACUCGCCCGGCAAGGACCAGAUCGUGCCCUACGCAUCACUCAUCAAACCCAAGGACUCCUCGAACCUAAACAAGCUCGCGGUGCUCAAGGUCAAUGGCGGCCUUGGGACGUCCAUGGGGAUGACGGGCGCGAAGAGUGCCCUUGAAGUGAAAGACGACAUGACGUUCCUCGACCUGACAGUCCGCCAGAUCGAGCACCUAAACACAACCCAUCGCGUCGAUGUGCCAUUGAUUCUCAUGACCUCAUUCAACACCCACGACGACACCCUCCGCAUCAUCAAGAAGUACGCCAACCAACAGCUCCGCAUCACCACCUUCAACCAGUCCCGUUAUCCCCGCAUAUACAAGGAGACCCUCCUCCCGGCCCCCAAGACGGCGGAUGACGACAAGAAGAACUGGUACCCCCCCGGCCACGGUGAUCUGUACAAUGCCCUCCUCCACUCUGGCGUCCUUGACCAGUUGAUCGCCGAAGGCAAGGAGUACCUCUUCGUGUCCAACUCGGACAAUCUAGGUGCUGUUGUCGACCAGAGCAUUUUGCAACACAUGAUCGACACUCAGGCUGAGUACUUGAUGGAGGUCACAGACAAGACCAAGGCUGACAUCAAGGGCGGCACGCUCGUCGACUACGAGGGCUCGAUUCGUUUGUUAGAGGUUGCACAAGUUCCAUCCGAGCACGUCGAGGAAUUCAAAUCUAUCCGCAAAUUCAAGAUUUUCAACACGAACAACCUAUGGAUCAACCUAAAGGCGCUCAAGCAUAUUAUGGACACGGAAGGCAUGGAACUUGAGAUCAUCAUCAACCCCAAGGUGAACGACGACGGGCAGGCGGUCAUACAACUCGAGACUGCUGCGGGCGCGGCAAUCAAGCAUUUCCGGAAUGCACACGGGAUCAACGUGCCUCGUAGCCGUUUCCUGCCCGUGAAGAGCUGUUCCGACCUGCUGCUCAUCAAGAGCGAUAUUUACUCGCUCGAGCAUGGUCAGCUUGUCAUCAAUGAGAACAGGAUGUUCGAGACGACCCCUGUGAUCAAGCUGGGCGAUCACUUUAAGAAGAUCCAACAGUUCCAAAAGCGCUUCAAGAAAAUCCCGAAGAUUAUAGAGCUUGACCACCUUACCGUCACCGGUGAUGUCUAUUUCGGACGCAACGUAACGCUCCGAGGCACCGUCAUCGUUGUUGCGAAUGAGGGCCAAAGGAUCGAUAUCCCCGACGGAUGUAUCCUGGAGAACAGAUUGUUGUCUGGGAACCUGAACAUGAUCGAGUUGUGAUUCCUCCUACGCGCACUUCCUACCACCUACAUUCCUGCGGCGGCGACCUGCUCACGGACUGAUGAAACUUGUACUAUUAUUUCUAGACAACGUCCGACGAUGCGCGACACCACCUCUUCUGUCCUCCCGUCUCUCUGGCCCUCUUAGCUCUGUCUUCUAGUUUUUUCAAUGUUAUUUUCGUUAGGGUGGAUUGUCUCACUUCCUUCGUAUUUCCGUUUCCGGUCUAUACCUCUGUGAUUUCUCUUUUCCUCUCAUAUUCCUUUCUCUGCCAGGUGCAUCGAGGUCGAUCGUGGCUCACGGACGGACAGCGAUAUAUACAUAUGACUUAGAGCUUUCUUGACGACGAUGCCACGCAUAUGCCUAUACAUGAUACAUACGAAUCGAAACAACCCAACCUAGUGUCUCGCGGAGGGCUUUUGGGAUAAAUAGAUGAGUCUGGGUUGGCC